CAAGGAGUUCCAAUCAGAAAUGUAGAAAUACGAAAGGAGGCGGGUGAGAGCGAUUCGAUCCCUCUCUAGGGUUUCUCUGCGCGGGGGAUCGGAUCGUCUUCCAUCCAUGGAGUAUUUACAGUCUCAUUCCAUCGAGAUCAUAGGCAUCGCCGUGGCUGCGGCGGCCGUCGCUGCCGGACUCGCCUACUUCUAUCUAAGCCAGAAACCUAAGGCUUCAGGCUCUUUAGAUCCUGAAAAUUUCAAGAAAUUUGAGCUGGUUGAUCGGAAGCAGUUGAGUCAUAAUGUUGCGAAGUUCAGAUUUGCUCUUCCGAAGAAAACGUCUGUGCUGGGUCUUCCAAUCGGCCAACAUAUUAGUUGCAGGGGUACGGAUAAUCUUGGCGAGGAGGUUAUCAAACCUUAUACUCCAACUACACUGGAUUCAGAUGUUGGGUACUUCGAGCUUGUUAUAAAAAUGUAUCCUCAAGGAAGAAUGUCUCAUCACUUCCGUGAAAUGAAAGUCGGGGACUAUUUGUCAGUCAAGGGGCCCAAGGGGCGUUUCAAAUAUCAAGUUGGUCAAGUUAGAGCUUUCGGAAUGCUAGCAGGAGGUUCAGGCAUAACCCCAAUGUUUCAGGUUGCUAGGGCAAUAUUGGAGAACUCAAAUGACAAAACAUUGGUUCAUCUUAUAUAUGCGAAUGUGACAUAUGAUGACAUCCUUUUAAAGGAAGAGCUGAACAAUCUCUCAGUAAACUAUCCUGGCCGCUUCAAAGUCUAUUACGUCUUGAAUCAGCCACCAGAAGUUUGGGAUGGCGGCGUUGGUUUUGUGACAAAGGAAAUGAUUCAAGCUCACUGCCCAGCACCUGCACAAGAUAUACAGAUCCUGAGGUGCGGCCCAGCACCUAUGAAUAAGGCAAUGGCUGCUCACCUUGAUGACCUUGGCUAUACAAAGGAGAUGCAGUUCCAAUUUUGAAUAUUUAUAUUUGAUCUAUGCUUUUGUUAGGCUGACUGCAUUUGAGCUUCAGGUUUCAUUUAAGCAGCAAUCAAAUAUCAUAAAGCCCAAAAACUUUUUAUUA